AUGUUGGAAGGAAUAAACUUUUGUGCAUUUAAAGCGCGUCGUUUGCUCGAGGAGGCCUACGGCGCACACGCACCAUCAAAAACUACCUAUGAAGAGUUGUUUAAACGCUUCAGGAGUGGUGAUUUCGACAUCGAGGACAAGGAGCGCACCGGUAGACCAAAAACAAUUGAGGAAGUCUAUCUGCAAGCGUUAUUGGAUGAAGAUGACACACAGACACAAGACCAACUUGCGGAGGCAUUAAACGUGACUCGCCAAGAUAUUUCCAAACAUUUACAUGCUAUGAGAAAAAUGUUAAAGGAAGGAAAAUGGGUGCAUGAGUUGACUGAGCGACAGAUGGAAAAUCGAAAAACCACUUCCAAAAUUUUGCUUUUGCGGUAUGAAAGAAAGAGUUUCCUCUAUCGGAUUAUUACUGGCGAUGAGAAGUGGAUAUUUCGAGAAUUCCCAAACGCAGAAAAUCGUGGGUUUCUCCUGGUGAAGCAUCAACAUCGACGGCACGGCCAAACCGCUUUGAAAAGACAAUGCUUUGCAUUUGGUGGGAUCAAAAAGGUAUCCUGUACUACGUAG